UGGUCGGAUUCAAUUCGUUCCGCGAAAGGCAACCGAAGCCAGGGAAAAGGGUGUCGGACUGCGUUGGCGAAGGUGUGAAACCGGGGCCAGGCUGCGAAGUAGCGUGGCGUUGGCCGCCGAUAAAAUACUUCUUGGCUUAGCCGUUAGCGAGCUUGAUAAGCGCUAAAAGAAGAGAACGGAAGCGUUCGUUAUUUCCAAAUGGUCGGCGAGUCGGUAGUGGUGGUGCCGCCGCCGCUGGCCUGUCGCAGCUGCCUUCAGAGCGCUGCCGCUGCGGCGAUGUUUGGUUAAAGCCGUGGGGAGGGGGGGCGAGAGCGCGAUACACGGCGUUGUUUCCUCUCUCUGUCCGUGUCGGCGUUUUUUGGCCGUCUCUCUCACCCGCGAAAGAGCCCCGUCUCCGGGCACGACGAGAGGACGAGGUUUCGGCUUGCUCCAGCGUGCGCCAUCACGGGCAAGAUGCUGUCGCUCGGCCCGAAGAAGGACGGGGGACCGAAUCUCAAGUUCUUCGACUCCUCGGAGGUGCUGGCCCAGCUCGACUCGGCCAAGCAGUGGCUCCUGAAAAACGCCAAGAAGUAUAUUCAGACGGACCUACCAACCAACAAAAGUUUAUCUACUUUAAUUGUACAAAUUCUUCAAUUUCAAGAGGACAAUCUUGGAAAAAAUGUUACUAAGCCUCCUAUGACAAGGAUUCCUAUGAAAUGUUUCUUAGAUUUCAAACCAGGAGGUGGAUUGUGUCAAAUUUUAUUAACAGCCUUUAGGUUUAAACAGGAACAAGGAUGGCGAAGAUUCGAUUUUCCAGUAGGAAAGUCUGGUACUCGGAUGGACAGAAUGGUGGAAAUGCUCAUUGCAAUAGAACGAGCAUUAGUACAAAAUCGAUGUCUUGCAGUACCAAGUAUAUAUGUGAGGUCAGAUGUUGAUAAGGCUACGGCGACAAAAGUUAAAGAUUUAGUGCGUCGCCAUCAAGGAACAAUAGCUGAAAAUGAAGAUGAAGCGACCCAUGUAAUUUAUCCUCCCGCUGACCCUCUCGAAGAAGAGUAUGCCCGGCCGUGCUUUCGUCGUGAGCGUUCCGUUUUGUUACAUUGGUACUAUUUCCCAGACAGUUACGACUCCUGGAUUAACAUUGAUCUUCCAUGGGAUUAUCCUGAAGCAGCUCUUGGCAAUAUUUCUGCAAAGUCAACGUAUAAAGUAUCUGCUACUUGGGCACUAGAUUUAGAACAGUACAACGAGUGGAUGAACGAAGAAGAUUACGAAGUAGAUGAUAAUGGACAAAAGAAAGUACAUAAAUAUAGAUUGUCGGUUGAAGAUCUAAUGGCUCAACCAGCACCACCUUCGUCGGCCAAAAAACAAAAGAGGAAAAGAUCGCCCACGCCUCCGCCGAAACUUGGCAAACGAAAGAGUGGACGAGCCCCUGCUUGCGUACAAGGACUAUCAAAUGUAUCUUCAGCAGCUCCAAAGAAAUCUCGUGGUGGUGGGGAUGAAGAGGAAGAUUUAACGCAAGGGAUGGAAGACCCUCCAGCGGAACCGAGGAUAGUAGAAGUUAUGGCCUCUAAUGCUAACACACCAAACUCAGGUCAAAAUAGCAGUACCACGGGUGGUUUAAUUUCCAGUAGCAAGAAACAAGAUAAUGAAUUGCAACCAUUAAAAUCUGGAAAUAUGGCUGAUCUCGACGAACCCGCAGAAGGUGACAAGAGUAAUUCACAAACGUCACAAGACAGAGAAGAAAGAGACACGAGCAAAGAAAGGGGCGAUGGGAGUAAAAGCGAUGAACCAGAAGACAAUGUCACGGAACAGACCCAUCAUAUUGUAGUACCAAGCUAUUCAGCAUGGUUCGAUUAUAAUUCGAUUCAUACAAUCGAGAAACGAGCUCUUUCCGAAUUUUUCAACGGUAAAAACAAAUCGAAGACACCGGAAAUUUAUCUGGCAUACAGGAAUUUUAUGAUCGAUACCUACCGUUUAAAUCCUACCGAAUACAUUACAUCAACGGCAUGCAGACGCAACCUGGCCGGCGACGUCUGUGCCAUAAUGCGCGUGCACGCCUUCCUCGAGCAGUGGGGCCUCAUAAACUACCAGGUCGACGCGGAGUCCCGACCAACGCCCAUGGGCCCGCCGCCGACCUCUCAUUUCCACGUGCUCUCGGACACGCCCUCAGGGCUCGCCCCGGUCAAUCCAAAUCCGCCCAAGACGCCUCAGCCGCCAGCGGCUAAAACCCUCCUGGACCUCGAGAAGAAACCGACCAUCGUGGACGAGAAACUGCCGACGUCCGGGACGAUGGCGAACUUUGGCCUGAAAAUUGAUCAGUAUUCGAAGAAGCCCGCGGUUCUCAAAAAUAAGCAGGCUGCGGGGGCGACGCGCGACUGGACGGAACAAGAAACGCUUUUGCUGCUCGAGGCGCUCGAACUGCACAAAGACGACUGGAACAAGGUGUGCGAGCACGUGGGUUCGCGGACGCAAGACGAGUGUAUUUUGCAUUUCCUGCGACUACCCAUCGAGGAUCCGUAUCUCGAAGAGCCCGAGGGCCUGGGACCGUUGGCCUACCAGCCGAUUCCGUUCUCGAAAGCCGGCAAUCCCGUCAUGAGCACCGUUGCCUUCCUCGCCUCGGUAGUCGACCCGAGGGUAGCGGCGAGUGCUGCCAAGGCCGCCAUGGAAGAAUUCGCAGCGAUCAAGGAUCAGGUGCCCGCUGCGCUCCUCGACCAGCACUUAAGGAAUGUACAGGCCAGCGCGAAUUCCGAUGGUAAAUUCGAUCCGGCAGCAGGACUCGCACAGUCGGGCAUCGCGGGCACGGGUCCACCGGAGCCUCCGGAUGAGUCGAGCAACGCUCAGAAUGCCUCGGGACAGCCAACGCCCACAUCGGCGACGUCGCCCCAAUCGACGGCCACGACGCCGCCCGACGGCAAGAAGGACGAGUCGAGUGAGAAAACCAAGGUCGGAGUCACAGCCGAGGAUAGCGAGUCACCGGAUGGUGGGGGCGCCGUUUCAGCCGUCCCCAAGGAGAUCGAUGCCGCGGAUAACGAGAGUGCCGAGAUCCAGCAACAGGAACCCGAGAAAGUGGAGGUGGACGUGAAGGAGAACGAGGAAAUCGACACCAAGACGAAGCUCGACGGCGACGAGAACGAAGCCAAGGAGAAAAAGGACAAGGUGGUCAGAGACGCCCAAUUGCAGUCGGCUGCGGCAGCCGCUUUGGCCGCCGCGGCGGUAAAGGCCAAACAUUUGGCGGCUGUCGAGGAGCGAAAGAUAAAAUCCCUCGUGGCCCUCCUCGUGGAGACUCAGAUGAAGAAGCUCGAGAUAAAACUGCGCCACUUCGAGGAGCUGGAGACGACGAUGGAACGGGAGCGCGAGGGGCUCGAGUACCAGAGACAACAGCUCAUAACGGAGCGGCAGCAGUUCCACCUCGAGCAAUUAAAGGCCGCGGAGUUCCGCGCGCGACAACAAGCGCACCAGCGACUGGCUCAGGAGCAACAUCAGCAGCAGCAACAACAGCAGCAACAACAGCAGCAGCAACAGCAGCAGCAGCAGCAGCAGCAGCAACAACAGCAACAGCAGCAGCAACAGCAAUCUCAGAAUCAGCAUCAACCACAGUGGCAGCCUAGUAGCAAUCCGUCGUCGCAACCGACGGCGACUGGGGCGCAACCGACCGCCGUGGUUACCCAGCAACAAGCCCAGCCUACCUCCCAACAACAAGGACAACCACCGAGCCCGCAGGCGCAGCCCCACACACCUCCGCAGCAGGCAGCAUAAGAUCUUCGUGAACGCUUAUGACAUUGCGGGAACUACUUUUUGACGGGACACGAAGAGAGAGAGAGAGAGAGAGAGAAUGAGAGAGAAAGAGAGAGAGAGCGAGAGCGAGGAUUGUAUAGAGGUAGCCUGCUAGAGAUCACUGCUAAUUUGUAUGGGAAAAACAGCGGUGGUCAACAGGUAUACCGGGUGGGUACUCGUUUCUUCGAUUGCACUAGGACGGGGACGGGUUAAGAUGCGGGUAGAUUGUAACUAAAUGGCAGUUUUUUCUUUUUAAAGAAAGAAGUAACAGAGAGAAUGAUCAUUGAUUUCACGAAUUGCGCCAAGGGCCAAUAAUGACAGCGUUUCUUGUCAUUCCGUUUAUUGUAGAUAUUUGACAGAUGUUAGGCUUAUCGGAAUUUCUCAAAUUUGUACUACCGAAUGGAUUACUUUUAAU